CCCCCCCCCCCCCAAAACCUUUCAGAAAAGUUUCCAUACGUCUAACUCAGAGCACUCAGUCUGGAGUGCUUUACGGGAGACAGUUGAUCAGGUCCCUGAGCUUGAGGACCUGCAACAGAUCUUUCUAAUGGCAGCUUAAUGCUUACAUGUCUGAUGGCACGUGGAGCCAGAGCAUCUAACAGCAUCUACAUGAGUCAAAUCAGUUGCACUAUUUGUUAAAAGUAGAAAUAUUGCUGUGCUUUUCCAAGUACAUUACUUGACGAAUAGUGGAGACAGACUUUUUAUUAAGUUCUGUAGUGGUGAGACAGAGGGCAAUGGCUUUAACCUAAGAGUGUAGAUUCACACUCAGUAGGAGGAAGAUGUUCUUCCCUGUGUGAGUGAGUGAGGCCCUGGCACAGGGUGCCCAGAGAAGCUGUGGCUGCCCCAUCCCUCAAAGUAUCUAACGUCAGGUUGGAUGGGGCUUGGAGGAACCUGGCCUUGUGGAAGGUAUUCCUGCCCAUGGCUGGAGAUGACAUUUAGAUGACCUUUAAAGGUUUUUUUUUCAACCCUUACGUUUCUAUGUUGAAGUACUUUUAAAUCCUAGAAUGAAAAUCAGUGUGCAUAAGCACAUGAAAAUUACAUGUGCGUUGUUUUAUGACUUUCUGGCAUCACCUGCUUACCUUUCCAAUGGUUUUCCUUAACAAAUGCUGUAACAUUAAGAUGCUUCUAAAGUUACUCAUUGAGAUGAUGCCAAAAAUAUAACAGAGACCAGCCAGUUUGCAUAUUUUGAAUAUUUAUAAUAAAAACUAGAAUGAUUUUGUUAAAAGUUGAGGAUAAGCCUUUAGCUUGCAACUUAUGUAUUGUUGUGUAACUAGAAUUGUCCCGGUGAAUACAGUUGGAGUGGAAGAAGGUCACUCAAAUAGACUUCAAGAUGACUAAAUUAUGGACUUGAAGAAAACUAGUAAUAUCAGACCAACAAUAUUUCCCUACUCCCCUGAAAUUCCCCCUUCUUGUGCUUUUUGUCUGUUUUGGACCAAAACAGAGUGCAUUACUUAGAGAAUGGCUGUUGUUCCUGGUGCAUGUGCCAAAAUAAAACAUUUUCCCAGAUGUGCCCUCCUUCAGAAGAAAAGUGAAGUCCUAAUUCUCUCAUUACUAAUUAGGUACUUGUCUGCAGAGGGGAGUCCAACUAGGUUCAAGCAGGAGAUUCCUGUAGUAACUUCUCACAAAGCAAGUUUUUCUUCCCUUGGGACGUUAUUCCAAAUUAUUUUUUGUAGAGCUCUUUGAAGUUGGUCGUGUUUUAGAGCCAUCUAACUUGAUCUUUUGUCACCUAUAUUUCAAUAAAUUGCCAGUGUUGGACUCCCUUUUUAGAUUCCUUGUCAGGCCUCCAGUUCUGCAUGGAGCUGGCUUAAAUGGGACAUGCACACUGUGGGAUGAUCCAGGCCAGUCUUUGUCUACUCAGAUGAGCUGUUGUUGACACUAUGGAUUUUGAUACUACUUUACUCCCUUCUAUAUGUUGUUUCACCCCUUGUAUGGCAGUAAUAGUUGUAUUUUGGAUACUCUAAUGCAUGUUGUUGUUGCCUCUGAUGAUGUCUAUCUAAAAUAAACUCACCGUGUUUGCAGGUUACUUGCAAAUUCUGAAAGGCUUCAUUUUGCCAACAGUUUGUCUUGUUUUUUUGAAGUUGUGUCGCAAGUAAAAUAAUCCCAAACUUUUUUGAGGAGGUGUGAGAAAUGUUCGCUGGUUAAUCAUGAUGGGUGUGAAAUAUUUCAGGCACUUUUGACUGUGAGGCAAGAUGACCAUGGGUUUGUUUGAGAUGAGCUAAAUAAAUCACACCAAAGCACUUAAUCUGAUUUAAGUUAGAUAUUGACAAGUGUAUUCAAAUUCAUAAAUUGAAUAGAUGACUUUUAUAGUAUAUAUUCAUUUCUGUUAGUGAUAAAUAGCUGGAGUGAAUUUCACUGGCUUGUAGCAGGGUUUCCAGCAAGGUUUCCCUUUGCUUGUGUCAGCACAAGAGGUUGCAGUUUUGGGAGAUGACCAAGAUCAAUAGUGUCAGGCUAUGUGGAGAUAAUUUGUUUUGCAUUUCUUACUAUCUGUAGCUAUGCUAUCAAUUAUUUUGUUCUAUCAUCUUUCUUUGGAAAUCCUUGUUUGUAUCUUAUUUGCAUAUUUUCUUUGAAGUAUUCCUAAAAUUGUGGAGUAAAAGGUGCUCAUAAAGCAUAGUUACUAGUGCUAAAGCAUCCAUUUGCUUAUGGGUUACUUCCUAAAUAAAAUUCUGUGAUGUUGAUCUGUGGAACUGAAUAGACACUUGUAAACUCAAGAGAACACUUGAAAUCUGUAAUCAUCUUACAUAUCUGCUUACUCACCUCCGCAGUGGAAUGGGGAGGUGAAUGCUACAAGACUAAAACCCAUGGGCUGAGAAAAGAACAAUUCAAAUAUUGGAGUGAAGAAGCAUAUGAUAAUAAUAGGAAAAAGAGAGGAAUAAAUCUGAAAAAUCAAGUGAUGCUCAAUACAAUUGCUCAGCACCUACUGACCCAUGCCCUGCCUGUCCCCCAAGAGUGAUUGGCCCUUCUUGGCCAGCUUCCCCGGUUUGUAGACUGAGCAGAACAUUCUGUGGUACAGAAUAUUCCUCUGACUGGUUUGGAUCAGCUGCCCUGACCAUGCUCCCCUCCAGCUUCUUGUACAGCUGACUAGCACAGGACUGUGAAAAGUCCUUGACUUAGGUAUGCAUGACUUGGCACCAGACUUUGGUGUGUUAUCAAGAUUCUCACACUAAAUCCAAAACACAACUAACACCUGCUGAGAAGAAAAUUAACUCUAUCCCUGCUGAAACCAGGACAGCAGAACUACCCAUGAGUUCUUGUUUGGAGCCCUUGCUGAACUUGUAGAUAACGCCAGAGAUGCAGAUGCCACGAGAAUAGACAUUUAUACUGAGCGACGAGAGGACCUACGAGGUGGAUUCAUAUUAUGUUUUUUGGAUGAUGGAACAGGAAUGGAUUCAAAUGAAGCUGCCAGUGUUAUCCAGUUUGGUAAAUCAGCCAAGCGAUCACCUGAGUCCACUCAAAUCGGGCAGUAUGGGAACGGCUUGAAAUCGGGUUCCAUGCGGAUUGGGAAGGAUUUUAUCCUGUUCACAAAGAAAGAUAGCACCAUGACUUGCCUCCUCUUAUCACGGACAUUCCAUGAGGAAGAAGGCAUCGACGAGGUCAUCGUUCCUCUACCCACCUGGAAUACAUGGAGCUGUGAACCUGUGACUGACAACAUGGAGAAAUUUGCUAUCGAGACGGAGCUCAUUUACAAGUAUUCCCCUUUCAAAUCAGAACGGGAAGUGAUGGACCAGUUCAGUAAGAUACAUGGCGAGAAAGGCACCCUGGUGAUCAUCUUUAACCUCAAACUAAUGGAUAAUGGAGAGCCAGAGCUGGAUGUGACUUCUGACCCUCAAGAUAUUCAGAUGGCAGAAACACCCCCAGAGGGAACCAAGCCAGAGCGCCGCUCCUUCCGUGCCUAUGCUGCUGUGCUUUAUAUUGAUCCCAGGAUGAGGAUCUUCAUCAAUGGACACAAAGUACAAACCAAACGACUCUCAUGCUGCCUCUACAAGCCAAGGAUGUACAAAUACACUUCAAACCGCUUCAAGACCCGUGCAGAGCAAGAGGUGAAGAAAGCAGAGCACAUGGCAAGGAUAGCGGAAGAGAAGGCUCGUGAAGCGGAGAGCAAAGCCCGUGCCCUCGAGCUACGCCUCGGAGGGGAUCUCACACGGGAGUCCAGGGUGACAUUGCGUCAGGUCCAGAAUUCAGCUAUCACUAUGCGGCGGGAGGCUGACGUCAAGAAAAGGAUUCAGGAUGCAAAGCAGCGGGCACUGAAGGAACCCAAGGAGCUGAAUUUUAUCUUUGGGGUGAACAUUGAGCAACGCAACCUGGAUGGCAUGUUCAUUUACAACUGCAGUCGGCUGAUCAAGAUGUAUGAGAAGGCGGGCCCACAGCUGGAGGGCGGCAUGGCAUGUGGAGGAGUGGUAGGAGUGGUGGAUGUGCCCUAUUUGGUUCUGGAGCCAACCCAUAAUAAACAAGACUUUGCUGAUGCCAAGGAGUAUCGACAUUUGCUGAAGGCCAUGGGAGAGCAUUUGGCUCAGUAUUGGAAGGAUAUUGCAAUAGCCCAGAGAGGUAUCAUCAAGUUCUGGGAUGAAUUUGGUUAUUUAUCAGCAAACUGGAACCAGCCUCCGUCUAGUGAUCUGCGCUACAAGCGUAGGAGAGCCAUGGAGAUCCCUACCACAAUUCAGUGUGAUGUCUGUCUGAAGUGGCGGACUCUCCCAUUCCAGCUGAGCUCAGUGGAGAAAAAUUACCCUGACAACUGGGUGUGCUCCAUGAACCCUGAUCCUGAGCAAGACAGAUGUGAGGCUGCAGAGCAGAAGCAGAAGGUACCACUGGGAACUCUAAAAAAAGACUUGAAAUCAAAUGAGGAAAAGCAGAAACAACUGACAGAGAAAAUACUCCAGCAGCAGAAAAAGCUAGAAGCUCUGCAGAAAAGCACUCCAAUUCUAUCUCAGACUGACUUAAAGAAACUGCCUCUGGAAGUGACUACACGGCCUUCAAGGGAGCACACCCGAACUCAGCGCCCACGAUCUCCUCCUUUGCCUAAUGUAAUCAAGAAUGCUCCCAGCAGGCCACCAGGAUCUUCACCUCCUCACAAAUCCUGCACUCAGCUGAAAAAGAGCUCUUCAGAUCGUCCAAAUACCAGCUCCCCCAAGCUAGCCAGCAUGCUCUUCAAGGAGGAGGCCAGCACUUCCAGGACACACCAUCGCACUGUGACAGCUGGAAAGUCUAACAGCACUUUAAAAACUCUUGCUAAACAAAGUACAAGCAUGAAGUCGCUCUCUGGCCUGCAGAGCCCCAAAAGCUCACGUCAGACACCCAAUCCAAAAGUAGUCAAGGUGCCAACAGUAAGGAAAUCUGCCUCUGGCAGAUGUUUACAGGCCUCCAGCACUCGAAAGAGGGCCUUGAACAUCCUAGAGGAUGGGUCUGAGGAGGAGGGUGAGCCCAAAAAGGAGAGGACAAAACGAGGAAAAUUUUCGGCAGUGAAAGAAGAGAAAGAUUCCAAUGAGGUGGUGGUGGAGCUCACAGACAGUGCUGGCGAGGAAGAGUUGUUGGAACUGAAGAAAGCACAGAAAGAUAAGGGGCUGCACGUGGAAGUGCGUGUGAACAAGGAAUGGUUCACAGGCCGUGUUACGGCUGUGGAAAGGGUCAGGCAUGCAAUCCGGUGGAAGGUGAAGUUUGAUUAUGUCCCUACAGACACCACACCAAGGGAUCGCUGGGUAGAGAAGGGCAGUGAGGAUGUAAGGCUUAUGAAGCCUCCCUCUCCUGAAUACCAGGCUCCAGACACACAGCAGGAAGAGGAGGCGGUCAUGGCUGAACCUUCUACCUCAGAUUGCGUCAGAAUCGAGCCUGACACCACUGGUCCCAGCAGCAGCCAAGAAACAGUUGACUUGCUAGUCCAGAUCCUUCGGAAUUGUUUGCGAUACUUCUUGCCUCCAAGUUUUCCGAUCUCCAAGAAUGAGCUGAGUUCCAUGAGCUCAGAAGGGUUGUUGGCAUUUCCCUUGAAAGAAUAUUUUAAGCAGUAUGAGGUGGGUCUGCAGAAUCUGUGCAAUUCAUAUCAGACACGUGCCGAUGCCCGGGCCAAAGCCUGUGAGGAAAACCUCCAGAACUUAGAAAGGAAGCUGAGGGAAACAGAAGAGAAACUGCAGAAGCUGAGGACUAAUAUCAUGGCCCUUCUGCAGAAAGUGCAGGAGGACAUUGAUAUUAAUACAGAUGAUGAACUGGAUGCAUAUAUUGAAGACUUGAUCAUGAAAGGAGACUGAGCAGCUCCAAUACAAGUCCUAGAGAAGUGCAGAAGAGCUGGCUGCU